AUGCUCAGCGUGUGCUCCCUUAAGUGCUCGUCCGUCCUCUUCUUUGUCCAGGUUGGCUGGAGGGUGCGUGGUUAUGCAUGGCCUUCUGGUCCCAGGAUCCUCGGCGAGGGCGACCAUAUGUACUCCACACCCGUCUUGCAGAGGAAACCAUCGCUGCUUCCCCAUGCACCAAUCACAAGUGUUCCAUGUCGUGAGCGCAAGCAGCUAUUCCUUCUGGGUUACUUGGGGCAGCCAUGCUGGAGGAUGAGGACGAGGAGGACGACAUCACUUAGUACGGCCAUGACCGUGACCGUGAUCAUGAUAUCGCCAUAA